AUGCGUCCUACAACAAUCACCCGCGUGGUUGGUCUGCGUCGUCCACAGUUCCUUAGGAACCAUGGAGUUGCACAUCGGGCGCUUACCAUGCUACACCCUCCCAAGUUCGAAAAUGAGAAAAUGCUCGAUUACGCCAAGGGAUCCCCCGAAAGAGCCGAGUUGACCAAGACAAUCAAGAAUAUGAAGGAGGGGUUCCCGAUCAAUAUUCCUCUACAAAUCAAUGGCAUCGAGAUCGAAACAAAGAAUUCAAGAAUUCAAUUGAAUCCUUCAAAACACAGUGAAAUUGUUGCGAACUACGCGUCUGCCACACCGGAGCAAGUCAAUGCUGCGAUCGAUGCAGCUCUGGAGGCAAAACCCGCCUGGGAGGGCAUGCCUUUUGAGGACCGCGCAGCUAUAUUCCUACGAGCAAGUGAGCUAAUCUCUGGGAAGUACCGGUCACAGCUCGUUGCUGCAACAAUGCUGGGCCAGGGGAAGAAUAUUUGGCAAGCCGAGAUUGAUGCAUCGGCAGAAACAGUCGACUUUUUCCGCUAUUAUGUUCAAGAGGCAUGGGCGCUGUACUCUCAACAGCCAAAAGUCCACCUGGAUGGACAUUGGAAUAAGAUGGAAUACCGUCCUUUGGAAGGUUUCACCUAUGCGAUUGCUCCAUUCAACUUCACUGCUCUGGGCGCCACGCUCGUUGGACCCUCUGCACUUCUGGGCAAUGUUACCAUAUGGAAGCCUUCAGAUUCUGCACUGCAUGCUAGCUGGUUGUUAUACAAGAUUCUCCUGGAAGCUGGUCUUCCAAAGAAUGUCAUUCAGUUCCUUCCCGGUGAUGCUGAACAGAUAACUAACACUGUCUUGAAACGGCCGGAAUUUGGGGCUCUCACAUUCAUUGGAUCUACCGCUACCUUCAAGGGGAUUCAGAAGAAAAUCGGCGACGGCAUCGGACAGGGCAUCUAUAACUCUUAUCCACGUGUCGUCGGAGAGACUGGCGGCAAGAAUUGGGGCGUUGUGCAUCCAUCUGCGGAUGUUAAAAGCGCUGCCCUGAACACUAUCCGCGCUGCAUUCGAGUACCAAGGCCAGAAAUGCUCCGCCAACUCGCGGGUCUACGUGGCGGAAUCAGUGUGGUCUGAGUUCCAAAAGAUUCUUGUGAAAGAAACAUCUGCUCUGAAGGUGGGAAAUGUUGAAGACUAUGGAAACUUCGUUAAUCCAGUGAUUCAUGAGCGUUCCUUCGACAAACUCAACACCUUCAUCGAGAAUGCCAAGUCUGACUCGGAUUUGGAACUUGUUGUGGGAGGCAAAGCUUCCAAAAAGGAAGGUUUCUAUGUGCACCCUACCGUAUACCGUACAUAUAAUCCACGUCAUGAGCUCAUGUCCACUGAGUUGUUUGGUCCUAUCCUUGGUGUAUAUGUCUAUCCAGACGGCGAAUGGGAAGAGACACUAAAGCUCAUUGACACUACCUCCCGCUAUGGACUUACUGGAAGUAUCUUUGCAAACGACCCUUAUGCUAGCCGUCAAGCACAGACAAUACUGAAGCAUGCGGCUGGUAUGCUCUACCUGAACACCAAGUGCACCGGUUCUACAGUGGCCCAACAGCCAUUUGGCGGCAGUCGUGAUUCAGGUACAAAUGACAAAACCGGCACUAUGGCUCACCUCCAGCGUUUUGUCAGCACUCGCACUAUCAAGGAGGAAUUUGUUCCACUACAAAAGGUUGAAUAUCCUUCAAAUGAAGUUUGA